AUGUCUGCAGGGGCUGAGUUCUCCGGCGGUAACUGGAAUUCUGGUUCUGUUGGCUUUGCCGAUUUUAAGAACGACUCCUCUGAUAUGAACUUCGGCUCAGGUGGUGCUGAUGGCUUCGGUGGUGACGACGGUCCCAAGGACGAUGUUGGCUGCCGCAACUGUGGCCAAGGCGAGUAUGGCCACUUCGCCCGUGACUGCCCUGAGCCCAAGAAGAUGGGUGCCUGCUUCAACUGUGGUGAGGAGGGUCACUCCAAGGCCGAAUGCACUCAGCCCCGCAAGUUCACUGGUACCUGCCGCGAGUGUAACGAGGAGGGUCACCAGGCUCGUGACUGCCCCACCAAGCCCAAAGUCUGCAAGAACUGCAAAGAGCAGGGUCAUGUGGCUCUCGACUGCAAGAACAAGAUGAAGAUCAACGUGGACCACGUCGCCGACAAGACCCAAGAUGAGGCAUGGGCUCUGCUCACCAAGGCUUCUGAUGAGCGCGACCUUGAUGACUUCAAGGAUGCCGUCAAGAUUCUCGUCAAAGCUGUUCCCGAGACCAGCUACGUAGAGCUCGAAAAGGAGUUCCGCAAGCGCUCAUUCUCGAUCUACCUCAUCGGUCUCGAGAAGGAGACUGGUCCCACUUGGACCAACGUCGACCUUCAAGGCUACACUGGCAAAAAGUUCGCGGUCGGCUACUACUACAAUGCCAACGCUCAGCGUCCUAAUCUUGCUCCCAAGUGGCCUAAGGACGCUGGUGAUAACCUUGAGCGUCUUGCUGAUGCUGGUAUCCCCAUGGACCGUGGCGUUGAGCUGUGCACCAACUGCAACGAGCUCGGUCACUCCAAGCGCAAUUGUACUGAAGAGGUCAUCCCUAUCGAGCAGGUGACUGUUUCUUGCAAGCUCUGCGGCGAGGAGGGUCAUCGUGUCCGUGACUGCACUCAAGAGCGUCAGAAGCCUCGUGCUCCCCGCGCUUGCAAGAUCUGCGAGUCCGAAGACCACCUUGCGAAGGACUGUCCCAAUCGUGAGAAGCGCACCUGCCGCAAGUGUGGCUCCGAGGAUCACAUCGCUAAGGAGUGCGACAUUAUCAAGUGUGACAACUGCGAUGCCGAAGGUCACGUCUGGCGCGACUGUCUCGCUCCGAAGGAUUGGUCCCGUGUCACCUGCAGAGACUGCAAUGAGAAGGGUCACACUAUCACGCGCUGCAAGCAGCCCGCUAAGGAAGACGAGAAUGCUACUCCUGUCAACGGUGGUCGCUUAGACACUGUUGAUGCCGUUGCCGGUGCGGGUACUGGCGGUGGUUGGGAGGAUAACAACGAUGUCGCUCCUGUCGCUGCUCAGAAUGACUGGGAGACUGCGCCUGCUGCCGUCGCUGCCUCGGUUGGUGGUAAAUGGUAA